GAAUUUUAAAUCAGCAACCGAAGCGCGAACAAUUGAAGAGUGAAUCUUCUGAUUCGAGCGAUUUCUGCGACAUUUCAACUGCGAUUUCACGAGUGAAUCUUCAUCGAAUAAUUGAUUUCAAGAAUCUAAACACAAUGAGUCUUCUACCAUACGUAUUCGACCGCGAGUGGCCGCGCUACCCCCGUCGCCUCUUCGACCAGGAUUUCGGCUUGGCUUUGACUCCAGACGACCUUCUCACCGCCGUCAACCCUCUGGUCUCUCGCGACUACUUCCGUCCGUGGAGGCAGAUGGUUUCCCGCGAUAUAGGAUCCAACAUCAAAUGCGAUAAAGACAAGUUUCAAGUUAACCUCGACGUCCAACAUUUCGCGCCGGAAGAAAUCUCCGUGAAGACCGCGGAUGGUUACGUUAUCGUCGAGGGCAAACACGAGGAGAAGAAAGACGAACAUGGGUUCAUUUCCCGCCAUUUCGUGAGGAAAUACGCUUUGCCAGAAGGUUGUCAGGUUGAAAAUGUGGAGUCGCGUUUGUCGUCUGAUGGAGUUUUGACCGUGACCGCGCCGAGACAGAAGCCGGCUAUCAAGGGGGAGAAGGCUGUGCCUAUUCAACAAACGGGCCCCGUCAGGAAGGAGAUUAAGGAUGGUACAGUUGAAAAUAAAGAUAAGAAGAAGUAAUUUGGUCUGACAAAAAAUUUACCGCUUUUAACAUCACUUACUGUCAUUGAUAAGACUGUUUUUUAUAAAUUCCUAACAUACUUUAAGUGUAAUUUAGUUUUAAAUAAAUGAAUCUAAAACUUAAU